CGUCCCCAAAGUCGGGAUCAGUGUCUUGGCAAGAUGAGCGACAAGCCUGCGGUGGUGAUUGACAAUGGGACAGGGUUUACCAAGAUGGGGUAUGCGGGCAACGCCGAGCCCAGCUACAUCAUCCCGUCAACGAUUGCGGUCGGUGCGGACAACAACGCGAGCGGUGGUCGGACUGGCGGUGGCCGCGUGGGUCAAAGCCAGGGAAUCGAUGACUUGGACUUCCACAUUGGCAAUGCUGCGUUCGAGAACUCGUCUACGCAUCAAUUGAACUACCCCAUUAAGCAAGGCAUCAUCGACAACUGGGACAACAUGGAAAAGCUGUGGCAGCGCUGCUUGUUCCAGCAUUUGCGGUGCGAGCCCGAAGAGCACUACAUGCUUCUGACAGAGCCACCCCUCAACCCACCCGAGAACCGCGAAGCCACGGCGGAAAUCAUGUUUGAAACGUUCAACGUGCCUGGGUUGUACAUAGCCGUACAAGCCGUGCUGGCGUUGUAUGCGUCUUGGCCCAAAGUCAAGGACCCGUCGUUGCGGUCGCUGACGGGUACUGUGAUUGAUUCUGGUGACGGCGUGACCCAUGUGAUCCCCGUGGCCGACGGGUACGUGAUCGGAAGCUGCAUCAGCCAUGUGCCGCUGGCCGGGCGCGACAUCACGUCGUUCAUUCAACGCAUGAUGCGUGACCGCGGCGAAGUCGUGCCGCCCGAGGAGGCGCUCGAAGUGGCGCGCAAGGUCAAGGAGAUGCACAGCUACGUGUGUCCGGAUAUUGUCAAGGAGUUCAAAAAGUACGACGCCAACCCAGCCAAGUACAUUGUACCGUACACUGACAUCCAUCCGCGGACCAAGCAGCCGUGGACCGUUGACAUUGGGUACGAGCGAUUUCUAGCCCCCGAGAUCUUCUUCAACCCCGAGAUCUUCUCCACCGAUUUUACGACGCCGCUGCCCAACGUCGUCGACCAAGCGAUCCUCAAGUGCCCCAUCGACUGCCGCCGGGGCCUGUACAAGAACAUUGUGCUUUCGGGGGGGUCGACCAUGUUCAAGGACUUUGGCCGCCGCCUCCAGCGCGACGUCAAGCGCCUCGUGGACGACCGACAGCAAGCCAACCUGAACUUGCACUCCAAGUUCGCCAAGCAGCACGCCGAAGAGCUCGAUGUGAACGUGAUCAGCCAUCGCAUGCAGCGCUUCGCCGUCUGGUUUGGCGGGAGCAUGGUCGCGUCCACACCCGAGUUCCACCGCGUGUGCCACACCAAGGCCCAGUACGACGAGGAAGGCCCGCGCAUCGCCCGACACAACCCCGUCUUCGCCGCCACCAUGUAGAUAGAAACGACGUUGUUGUCGUUGCCGUUGUUCAUGGGGUAGAAGGAGUUGGCGUACAUACUACGACCGACCAAUCGUGUGGGUGGUUGUAUAUGAAAGCUGAACCACCGAGGUCGCUACCGUUAGGCAAAUACUAUGACCCAAGGACGAAAUCCAAUGCAAACUACGUCUAGUUCAGUUGUAGUACCUGUUAUUACUGAACAAGG